AUGUUGAGUGUAUCUGAGCGGAUCCCAUUGGCGCGCCCCACUGUCGCCGGCAGAGCGAUUCUGUCUGCCGAUGGUGUACUGGUGGGAAAGGGACGGUGGCUCCGGUGUUGUUGUGUGGCAUCCCACUGGGCGGAGCCGCGCCAAGGAACGAGCCUCAGAUGCGCGUACUGUGGAGCCCAAAGGAUCGCAGUGCAGUCGUCCGCGCGACUCAGGCGCGACCGCGACCACACCACGCUCUUACGUAACACGGACCGACAUAUGGCUCACAACUUUCGUUGA